AUGACCACCGAAUCCAUCACAUCACCACCCGCGAAAAGAGUCAAGACCGACGCCAACCCCAGCACCACCACAGACACCACAAUGGCCGAGACCAACACCAACACGCCCGCCGUCCCCAACCUGGAGACCUCCCCGCAGCUGAUGAUCAAGAAGCUGUCGGACAAGGCGAGGCUGCCCACGCGCGGAAGCGCCUUCGCCGCCGGCUACGACCUGUACGCCUCGAAUGAAACGGUCGUGCCCGCGCGCGGCAAGGUCCUGGUCGAUACCGAUAUCGCCAUUGCCGUGCCCGCUGGAACGUACGGCCGCAUAGCCCCGCGCUCCGGCCUAGCAUCUAAGAACUUCAUCGACACAGGCGCGGGCGUAAUCGACGCCGACUACCGCGGCCAAGUAAAAGUGCUCCUCUUCAACCACGGCGAGACCGACUUCGCCAUCAGCGAGGGCGACCGCGUAGCCCAGCUCAUCAUCGAGCGCAUCUACACGCCGGAAAUCCUCGAGGUGGCCGAGCUGGACGCCAGCGAGGGCGGCCACGGCAGCGCCGCGGCCACCUGGGAGGGCGGCGGUGCUCUUGCCGCGACGGCGCUCCUCCGGGCCGCCAUACAAAAGGUCGUCACAUUCGGCAAAUGGUUCUGGGCCGAGUUCGAGGAUCCCGAGGCGCAGCGGGCGGAAAAUGAGGUGCGAUUGGCGGAGCGCAUGCUCCACACCCGGGAAAGAAAGGUCGCAUUCAAUGAAGGCUGGAUCGAUGGAGUUCGUCAUGGCGUGGAGUUGGGACGCCUUAAUCCACGUCUAAGACAGGAUGUGCUUAAAGAGCUGUAUUCGGCCUGGUAA